CUCUAUCAAGUGUUAUCUUUUUGGCCGUUCCUACGUUCUUAGAACUGUAAAAAGUUUCUUUCUCGAACCAUUUUGUCUGCUUCUUCUCCAUAAUCAAGUGAUCUCAGAUACUGCUCUUCUCAUUCAAUGAACUUCCUUCUUAUCUUUUGGCCCUUCCUUAUCUUUUCCCUAACCAUUUGCUUUCGCUGAGGUUCCCCAAUCCUCCUCAUAUCUCCGUAGUCAAAAAGAUUCUUCUUCUUUAUAUUGGGAUUCUCCAUUUCAUUUCCCAAGAGUUGUCAGAAUUGUACUUCCAGAUUUUUCUUGGUUAUGGGUUUUUGUGGGUGUUCUGGGAUUAGAGUUGUUAGAGUUGAGGAGAAAGAAACAGCAGCAAAAGUACAGACCUGCACGUGGGAGCUGAAGCUAAAAAAAUGAAUUCUGCUGAUGAGAAAACUACCGAAAGUGAACUCUCCUUCAGCUCUUAACUUCCUUUGAAUUUCCAGGUAAUGAUUGUUGAAUGUCUGUCUUCAGCUAUUGCAAGGAUGGACACCAACGGCAAUAAUUGAGCUUCUGAUUUCCUAUUGCAGCAUGACCAUAUUGCCCUUGUCAAAGUCGAAAAUGGCCAAAAGCCUAACACCUCUCUCCCUCCAAAUUGUAACUAUUUUCUUGUGUUUCUUCUACCUUUUCCCUCCAUCAAUGUCCCUAACCGUUGAAACUCAAGCCCUCCUUGAAUUAAAAAAGCAGCUCAAUGACCCUUUGAACCACUUAGAUUCCUGGAAAGAUUCAGAAUCUCCUUGUCAAUUUUUCGGAAUUACUUGCGACUCAAACACGGGUCUAGUCACAAAAAUUUCACUUGACAAUAUGUCAUUGUCAGGUGAGAUAUCUCCAUCAAUUUCUGUGCUCCAAAGUCUCACAUCUCUUUGGCUACCAUCAAAUUUGAUUUCUGGGAAUCUUCCAGCCCAAUUGGUCCAUUGCAGGAAUCUGAAAAUCUUGAAUGUUACUGGAAACAACAUGAAUGGUAGCCUACCUGAUCUAUCCCGGUUGACAAACUUGGAAAUUCUGGAUUUGUCAACAAAUUAUUUUUCCGGGGAAUUCCCGACUUGGGUCAGAAUGUUGACAGGUUUGGUUUGGCUAGGCCUUGGUGAUAAUGAGUAUAAUGAGGGUGAAAUAUCAGAGGGCCUUGGAAAUCUGAAGAACUUGACCUGGCUUUAUUUGGCUGGUUCACAUUUGAGGGGAGAAAUCCCCGAUUCUAUUUUUGAACUCGAGGCAUUGCAGACAUUGGAUAUUUCCAAUAACAAGAUUUCUGGGAAUUUCCCAAGGUCAAUAUCCAAACUUAAAAAUCUUUACAAAAUUGAGCUCUUUAAGAACAAUUUGACAGGAGAAAUCCCACCAGAGCUUGGGAAUCUCACCCUUUUGCAGGAAAUUGAUAUUUCCGCUAACCAAAUGUAUGGGAAAAUACCUCCUGAGGUUGGCAAUCUGAAGAAUUUGACUGUUUUCCAAAUAUUUAAGAACAACUUCUCAGGAGAAAUCCCUGCAACGUUUGGAGAUAUGCAACAUCUUAAAGCCUUUUCCAUCUACAGGAACAGUUUUUUUGGAAAGUUCCCAGAAAAUCUUGGUCGGUUUUCACCACUAAACAGUAUAGACAUAUCUGAGAAUAAAUUCUCUGGCGGAUUCCCAAAAUUCUUGUGCGCUAAUGGGAACUUGCAGUUUUUGCUCGCUUUGGACAACAACUUUGCUGGCAAACUAUCAGAUACAUAUGCUGAGUGCAAAUCUUUGAUAAGGUUGAGGAUCAACCAGAACAGACUAUCUGGAAAUAUCCCUGGUGGAUUGUGGGCACUGCCUUAUUUACAAGUUAUAGAUUUCAGUGAUAAUGAUUUUAGUGGAGGAAUAUCUCAUGAAGUUGGUGCCUCUAUCAACUUGAAUGAGUUGGUAAUUUCAAACAACAAAUUUUCAGGUGACCUACCAUCAGAACUUGGCAAACUCAAUCAAUUGGAAAGGCUUUAUUUGAGUUACAAUAACUUUUCAGGCAAAAUUCCUUCUGAACUUGGAGCUCUAAAGCAGCUAUCAUCCUUGCAUCUGGAGGAGAACUUGUUUACAGGCUCAAUACCAAGGGAAUUGGGUCACUGUUCCAGCUUGGUGGACCUAAAUUUAGCUUCAAACUCCCUCAGUGGUGGUAUCCCCAAUACCUUUUCUCUGAUGAGCUCUUUGAAUUCCCUGAAUCUAUCAGAAAAUAAACUGACUGGUUCAAUUCCAAGCAAUUUACAGAAACUAAAGUUAUCUUCCAUUGAUUUUUCUAAUAACCAGUUGUCAGGAGUAGUUCCAUCGGAUUUUUUGACCAUGGGAGGUUACCAAGCAUUCGUUGGUAAUAAGAAACUUUGUAUUGAUGGACGUUCCCGUACCCCAUCAAAUUUUGGUUUGGAGGUUUGCAAAGGAGAGUCUGGCCACCGGAGAUUCGUUAAAAAUAAACUCGUCAUGUUCUGCAUCUUAUUGCUGGCCUUGGUUGUUAUUUUAGGAGGUUUACUGCUGGUGAGUUACUGGAACUUCAAGCUCAGUGAAUCUGGCAAUGAAAAUGAUCUGGGUGGAGAGAAGGAAAUCCAUCCAAAAUGGAAACUCGAGAGUUUUCAUCAGGUGGAAUUCAAUGCAGAUGAAAUAUAUGAGCUGGAUGAGGACAAUUUGCUUGGAACCGGAGGUACAGGGAAAGUUUAUCGACUGGAUUUGAAGAAAGGUGGUGGUACUGUGGCUGUGAAGCAACUAUGGAAGGGAGAUGUGGUAAAAGUUUUGACAGCAGAAAUUGGGAUUUUGGGGAAGAUCAGGCAUAGAAAUAUAUUGAAGCUGUAUGCCAGUUUAACGAAAGGAGGGUCAAAUUUCUUGGUCUUUGAGUACAUGGCCAAUGGUAAUCUAUCUGAGGCACUUCACCGAGAACUUAAGGGUGGACGACCAGACUUGGAUUGGUUUCAGCGGUAUAGGAUUGCCCUAGGAGCUGCGAAAGGAAUUGCCUACUUACAUCAUGAUUGUUCCCCACCUGUUAUUCACAGAGAUAUUAAAUCAAAUAACAUAUUACUGGAUGAGGAUAGUGAACCAAAAAUUGCAGAUUUUGGUGUUGCAAAGAUUGCAGAAGUGUCUCCUGGGGGAUCUGAAACAAGCUAUCUUGCUGGCACUCAUGGUUACAUCGCCCCUGAGCUGGCAUAUACUCUCAAAGUCACUGAGAAGAGUGAUGUAUAUAGUUUUGGCAUAGUGCUACUUGAACUAGUAACUGGUAGAAGACCAGUAGAGGAGGCUUAUGGAGAAGGAAAGGAUAUAGUUUACUGGGUCUUGACUCAUCUCAAUGACCCGAAAAACAUUCUCAAACUUCUUGACCAUAAGGUGGUGUCGGACCUUGUCCAAGAAGACAUGAUAAAAGUCUUGAGGGUUGCUAUGCUUUGCACGACCAAGCUUCCAAAUCUGCGGCCUACUAUGAGAGAAGUGGUCAAGAUGCUUGUUGAUGCUGAGCCUUACACUUUCAGGUCUCCGGAAAACUCUGAAAAAUAUGGGAAGGCUUUUCUUUAGUUUCUUUCCGUAUUGGUAGCUAAAUAUCUCAGGUGUAAAAUUUUCACUCAAUGUUUAGGUCCCUCAGCAUAUUAUUUCAUAGUAGAUUGCAUUCCGUUUUUGAUUUGUAUGUGCAAGAUUGCAAUGCUUAAGUGUGUCAAAUGAGUGGCCUUCAGUUUCAUCUUAGAUGAAAUUGUCUUGUCUAACUGUAUAAAUUUGAUGUCCAAGUGAACUUGUAGCUGUUAUUGUGUAUACAGUACAAAUAUAUUGUUUCUGGAUUGGUCAAUGAAAUUGGGUACUCUAGCUUUGUCGUCAGCUUUAUCCGUAUGUGAUAAGCAACUGGGCAAAAGAAGGAAAAUAAUGUUUGGCAGAGAGCCUCGUAGGAAGAUUGAACAAAAUGGCAAUAGGGGCAGUGGCAGUAGUAGUGCUUGUAAAUAAUAGCACUUUUUGCUUACAAAUUCCUUGGAACAGAUUGUGGACUGCAAAAAGAUGGAUAUAUGACAUCUUGGUGAGUGUAUUAACAGAUUAGCAAUUAUUACUUGACCAAGCCAAAUGGAAGGUAGCUAAAGGAGAGAACUUACAGAAAUAGAGAUGGAAUUGGUUUUCAGGUGAAGCUAUUGUGCAAACCAGUAACAGUAAUUUGCUACUGGGAGAAUGUUUUCAUGACUCGAGCCCGGAGGUUAAGAUGAAUCAACCUUACUGCUGUAACAAGACUCCAACUGCGAAACAAGGUACAAUAAAGACAAGAAGGAUAUUAUAUUGGGGCGGAGCCACCUCGGGACCAUGGUGGGGACUUGCCUUUUUUAUUUUGAUCACCUUUGAUUAGGUUCUCAUAAUGUUAUUUAAUAUACUGCAUUUAUUUCCUUAAAUUAUGAAUUUGUUUUAUUAAAGUACUAGUUUUUUUUUUGUCCAAUAAUUU